GUGCGCGUCUUUAGCGGCUCUCUGCAGCCUCGUCUCCGCUCGAUGAUGAUCGCUGCCGUGUUUCUGGUCCUCCUCAGGCCGCUCAGUAUCCAGUGCGUGCUGCUGUUGCUCCUGCUCUUGCUGGGGACUGUUGCCACGAUUUUGUUUGUGUGCAACUGGCAUCGCAACCUCGCCAGCGGGAAGCAUCCCAUCAAAUCCGUGUUGUCAGGACGCGCCAAGAGCCGCGUGGGUCUUCGAACGCAUCAUUUUCGUUCGGAGGGCUUCAGACACAGUCCACGUCACGCCAAGAGGAGCACACAGCAUGCUCGACUGACAGAGGACAAGUCCAACCUGGUUGAGGUCCCCAGGAGUGACCCCGAGUCCUCAUCGACUCUAAGGAAGCGCAAAGUGAAGAAGCGGGUCCUGCCGGAGUUUUACCAGUCUGUGCAAGUCACUCCAACACGCAAACCUAGCUCAGGUUCGGGGAACCCUUCCCUCCACUGCUCCAUGUCUUCCUCCGCGGAUUUGUCCGAAGAUGAAGAUUACAGCUUCAAAUCGGGGUCGGCAUCCCCGGCACCGGGCGACACUCUGCCGUGGAAUCUGCCCAGACAUGAGAGGUCCAAGCGGAAGAUACAGGGAGGGUCCGUGCUGGAUCCAGCGGAGAGAGCUGUGCUCAGAAUUGCAGAUGAAAGAGACAGAGUGCAAAAGAAGACGUUCACAAAAUGGAUAAACCAGCACCUGAUGAAGGUACGGAAGCAUAUAAAUAACCUGUAUGAAGACUUGAGAGAUGGACAUAACUUGAUCUCACUGCUCGAGGUCUUGUCUGGCGACACAUUGCCUCGGGAGAGAGGAAGGAUGCGCUUCCACAGGCUCCAGAAUGUACAAAUUGCGCUGGAUUAUUUAAAGAGAAGACAGGUCAAACUUGUAAAUAUCAGGAAUGAUGACAUCACAGAUGGCAACCCCAAACUGACCCUGGGAUUGAUCUGGACCAUAAUAUUGCACUUUCAGAUCUCGGAGAUUCACGUCACAGGCGAGUCCGACCACAUGACGGCAAAGGAGAGAUUGCUGCUCUGGUCCAAGCAGCUAACAGACGGCUAUGUCGGCGUACGAUGCGACAACUUUACGACAUCCUGGAGAGACGGGAGGCUCUUCAACGCCAUUAUUCAUAAAUACAGACCCGACCUAGUUGACAUGAGCCGGGUGUCCGCACAGACCAACCGCUCCAAUUUAGAGAAUGCAUUCGGUGUGGCUGAGCAACUUGGGGUGGCCAGACUGCUGGACCCUGAGGACGUAGAUGUUCAGUCUCCUGAUGAAAAGUCCGUCAUCACGUAUGUCUCAACCCUGUAUGACGCCUUCCCUAAAAUACCUGACGGCGGAGAAGGAGUUAGCCCCAAUGAUGUUGAUAUCAAAUGGGUGGAGUACCAGAACAUGAUCAAAUACCUCACCCAGUGGAUCAAACACAAUGUAGCUGUGAUGUCUGAUAGAUCAUUCCCCAACAAUCCUGCUGAACUUAAGGCACUUUACACACAAUACCUGCAAUUCAAAGAACGCGAGAUCCCGCUGAAAGAAAACGAGAAGACAAAAAUCAAAGAUCUCUACAAAAUGCUCGAGGUGUGGAUCGAGUUUGGACGUAUUCAGUUACUGCCGGGUCAUCACCCCAACGACGUGGAGAAGGAGUGGGGCAAACUGAUUGUUGCCAUGCUGGAAAGAGAGAAGAGCCUGAGGCCUGAGGUGGAAAGGCUUGAAAUGCUGCAGCAGCUUGCAAACAGAGUCCAGCGAGACUGUGUUCAUGGUGAAGACAGGCUCACGUUGGCUCGAAGUUCCCUGCAAUCUGAUGUUAAACGUCUUGAGUCCGGCAUUCAGUUCCAACAUGAAGCCGAGAUUGCUGGCUACCUGUUGGAGUGUGAGAAUAUCCUCAGACAACAAGUGGUGGACAUCCAGGUCCUUCUCGAUGGCAAAUUUCCUUUCACAAAUCAACUAGUUCAAAGGGUAUCAAAUCUACGGGAUGAUCUCCUAUCCCUGAGAACGCAGUAUGCUUCCGUGUACAGCAAAGGGCGCAUGUUAACAACAGAGCAGACCAAAAAGAUGAUCUCAGGCAUCACCCAGAGCCUGAAUUCGGAUUUUUCCCAGAACAGUUCCACAUUCACCUCAAGCCUUACCCCGGGUGCUUCAGAGCAGACUUACAUUAGUAGCAGACAUGGGACACACAUGCAGAUCCCCAAACCCUCAAUGAAGUCCUCACUGGCUGAUUCCAGCUUGACUGCAGAAGAAGUGAACAUGAAAUAUGUCCAGGACCUGUUGAACUGGGUGGAAGAGAUGCAGUUACAAUUGGAUCGCUCGGAGUGGGGAUCUGACCUGCCAAGCGUGGACGCACAUUUAGAUAACCACAAAACCGUACACAGAGCCAUCGACGAAUUUCAGACGAGUCUUAAAGAGGCCAGACUCAGCGAGAUUCAGAUGAAUCCACCCUUGAAACUUGCCUAUUCCGAAAAACUGAGCAGUUUAGAGAAGCAGUAUGACAAACUACUGAGCUGUUCAAGGGAUCGUCAAAGCUCCUUGGAGAGCCUGCAGGACUUUGUGUCGCGGGCCACCCGUGAGCUCAUCUGGCUCAAUGAGAAGGAGGAAGAGGAGGUCGCCUUUGACUGGAGCGAUCGCAACAGCAACGUGUCCAAGAAAAGAGAUUACCACGCUGAUCUGAUGAAGGAGCUGGAUGAAAAGGACGAAGUGAUCAAGUCUGUGCAGGACUUGGCAGAACGUCUUCUUUUAAGGAACCACCCAGCCAAGCUGACUAUUGAAGCGUACAGAGCUGCCAUGCAAACACAAUGGAGCUGGAUCCUGCAGCUGUGCUCGUGUGUGGAGCAGCACCUUAAAGAGAACGCUGUUUACUUUGAGUUUUUCAGUGACGCCAAAGAAUCCAUGGACUUCCUUAAGAGCUUACAAGACUCCAUUCAGAGAAAGUACAGCUGCGACCGAACCAGCAGCCUGCAUCGAUUGGAAGAUCUCAUUCAGGAAUCCAUGGAGGAGAAAGAGCAGCUUCUUCAGUAUCGCAAUACGGUCGCAGGACUGAUGGGGAGGGCCAAGAAUAUCGUGCAGCUCAAACCCAGGAACCCUGAUUGGCCUUUAAGAUCCUCCAUCCCUGUGAAAGCCAUCUGUGAUUAUAGACAGAUAGAGAUCACCAUUUAUAGAGACGACGAGUGCGUGCUGGCCAACAACGCUCACCGAGCCAAGUGGAAAGUCAUCAACCCCGCAGGCAAUGAGGCCAUGGUGCCGUCCGUCUGUUUCACGGUGCCUCCCCCCAACAAAGAGGCCGUCGACAUGGCUUUAAAAACAGAGCAGUUAUACCAGAACGUGCUGGCGCUCUGGCAUCACUCCCACAUUAACAUGAAGAGUGUGGUGUCUUGGCAUUGUCUCAUGGAUGAUAUAAAAGCCAUCCGCCAUUGGAAUGUCGCUUCUUUCAAGACCAUGCUGCCAGGUGAGCAUGAGCAGGUCAUGAGCAACCUGCAGUCUCAUUUUAACGAGUUCCUGGAAGACUGCGAGGAGUCUGAGUUGUUCACCGUGGCGGACUGCGCUCAACUGGAGAGGGAUGUUGUAGCCUGCAACGAGUACUACCAAGAACUUCUCAAAUCUGCAGAAAGAGAGGAACAUGAGGAGUCUUUGUACAACAGUUACAUCUCAGAAAUACGCAACUUCCGGAUGCAUCUGGAGGCCCACGAAGAACACAUGAUCAAGCAAAUCCGUACUCCACUGGAGAGAGAUGACCUGGACAAGAGUCUCCAGCGCAUCACUGGACAAGAGAAGAAGAUGGUCGAGCUGAUUAAAUUGAAGCAGGACCUGGAUACCAUAAAGGACAAGUGCGAGGUGUUCCUCAGACAAGCUGUUGGCUUUUCAUCAGCGUCGACUCUCUCUUCUGAGCUCAGCGGCGUGGUUCAGAGCAUGAACCAGGUCGACUCUAUGUCUUCUAUUCACAUUGACAAACUGAAGACACUAAGUUUGGUGGUGAAGCACAGCCAGAAUGCAGAGGCGUUAGUAAAGGCCUACGAAUCCAAACUCCUCGAAGAAGAUGCAAUAAACUAUGACCUUCAAUCCAUUGACACAGUCAUUACAACUCUCAAACAAUGGAGGACAGAGAUUGAUGAAAAACAGGAAGUGUUCCACCAAAUGGAGGAUGAACUGCUGAAAGCGCGGCUCAUCAGCGAUCGCAUGUUUAAGGCCCACAACGAGCGGGACUUUGACCUGGACUGGCACAAGGAGAAGGCCGAUCACCUGAAUGAGAGAUGGCAAAACGUUCACUCCCAGAUUGAUAAUCGACUCAAGGACCUGGAUGGUAUCAGCCAAUAUAUGAAGCAUUACAAAGACUCCUACAGCAGUCUUGACGAAUGGGUUAAAGAAGUGGAAGCAGAGCAGCAGAAGGCUCAAGAAAACAAACCAGAAGAUAGCAAGGCUCUCGCCGAAGUGUUGAACAAACAAAAGGUUCUUGUUUCUGAAAUUGAACAAAAGCAGUGUGAGAUUGAUGACUGUCAGAAGUACUCAGAGCAGUGCUCAUCUUCCAUAAAGGAUCUCGAGCUGCAUCUGAUGACCUUCAGAGCGAUGGUUGACUCUCAACACAAAUCACCUCUCAAGAAACGCAAGAUGCAGACUUCCUCUGAUGCCAUCCAGCAGGAGUUUAUGGAUCUUCGCACCCGCUACACAGCCCUUGUGACUCUCAUGACCCAGUACGUGAAGUUUGCAAGUGAAAACUUGAAGAGAACAGAAGACGAGGAGAGAUCUGUUGAUGAGGAGAAGCGAGAGCAUGGUGAUAAAGUUAGCAAACUGUUAGGUUGGAUGUCUAAUGUGAAACACAACCUGAGCAAUGAGGGGAAUUCUUUGAAAGAUAGCAAUGCCAACUCUGAUGCUUCAAAUAAACAUCAGGUGUCUGUUGAAGAAAUGGCAACAAAGAAGGAGCAGAUAGCAGAAGCGCUGAGGGCCACAGAAAUGAUGCUGAACAAACACAGUGAAAAGAUGACAGAAGAGGAGAGAGAAAAGGCCCAGGAACAAUUGAAGGAACUGAGUCAGGCCUACAACAUGUUUGAUGCCCCACAUUUAAAAGAUGAAGCUGAUUCCAAUCUCUCUGCUGUAAAAGUUAAAGAGAGGUCGCUUUUGGCGAGGCAGCAAGAGAUUGCAGACAAGCUGGAGGAAGUGUGUGACGGUCUCACUUUGACUGAGAACCGUCUGAUUGGUCAUCAGCAGCAGGCUGACAGUGCAGAGUGUGUCGCAGACCUGCAGCAGUACCAGCAGGAGCAUCAGGCUUUGCAAAAAGACGUUUUGACAAACGCCAGCGCUUUGAAUGAGGUCAUCACCGGCACAAAAAGGUUUCUGGAGGAAAACCGGGCCAACCUGACGACGGAUGAAAUCGCCUCGAUUGAAACCAAGUUGGAUGAAGCUGAAAGCAAGGCCAAGCUGAUCCACCAGCGAGCGGAGGAAUCCAGGAAGGACUUAGAGAAGGUUGUUACCACAGCCAUAAAACAGGAGAGUGAAAAGGCUGCAGCUGUUGAGCGACUUGAGGAAAGCAAAAACAAAAUAGAAGGUCUACUGGAGUGGAUGUCCAACAUCGGCAAUGAAAAUGAGAGGAGAGCUAUUGAUCAGACUGACUUUAUAAGCAAAGAGAACGGAAACCUGCCAGAAGAGACAUCCGAGAAGUUACGGAAAGGAGAGAAGGAUGAUGCUAAUGGAAAUAGUCUGCGACGCAGUGAAAGUGAUUUUGACGGGAAGAAGGAUGCCAGCAUGGAUGUGGACAAACAGUAUGAAAGAUUGAAGGCUCGCCAUCAGGAGAUUCUGUCCCAGCAGCAGGAUUUAAUCGUGGCCACCCAGUCGGCCCAGGCCCUCUUGGACAAGCAAGCCAAUGUUUUGUCUCCAAAUGAGAAGGAAAAACUGCAGAAGAACAUCCUGGAACUUAAGGGUCGCUAUGACGCCUCCCUGACCCAGGCUGAGCAGCAGAUGAAGCAGAUGCAGAGCGUCCAGGAGGAACUGAAGAAAUUUCAGGACGAUUCCGAGGAGUUUGAGGACUGGUUAGCGCAGGCUGAGGGCGAGAUGGAGCAACUGAGCGCCUCUGAGUGCUCACUAAAAAUCCUCAACGAUAAACUCCUCCGACAGAAGAGCUUCUCUGAGGAUGUCAUCUCUCACAAGGGGGACCUUCGUUUUAUUACUAUUUCGGGCCAGAAGGUACUGGAUGUGGCCAAAGCCUGCGGAGUAUCUGACCCAAUGUCUAAAAACGGCCAGAUGCAAGUGGACACUUCAGGAACCUGUUCUGCGGUCAAGGAUAAACUGGACUCUGCAGCCAGUCGAUAUAAAACUCUACACUUGCAGUGCAAUCAGCUCGGCAACAACCUCAAAGAUGUUGUUGACAAGUACAAGCGGUAUGACGACUCCAGCACGGGCCUCGUGAAGUGGCUCGGGAGCUCCGAGGAGGAGGCCAGGAAGCAGCAGUCAGAAGCCAUCUCAGCCGAGCCGCAAAUGCUGCAGAAACAGCUGGAGGACACCAAGGCUUUGCAAGGGGAAAUGAGCGGGCAUCAAACUGCUAUUGACACGCUACGCAAAACAGCUGAGUCCUUGGUCACAUCCGAAGGGAACCUGCUGCGCAACUUAGAUGAGAUCCAGGAGACAGUAGAUGACAUAGUAGAGCGUUAUGACAACCUGUCCAAGUCCGUGAGUGAUCGCAAUGAGAAACUGCAGAUCACUUUGACUCGCUCCAUGAGUGUCCAGGAUGGACUGGAUGAGAUGAUGGGGUGGAUGAAGGGAGUUGAGGCCAGUGUGGAAGAGAAUGGACAAAUUCCACUGGACUCUGCAUCUAUCAAAGACAUGCUCAGCAAAGAAGCAGCCAUAGAGCAGGACAUAGCAAGUCGCCAGAGCAGCAUCUCAGCCAUGAAAUCCAAAGUGAAGAAGUUCGUAGAAACUGCCGACCCCUCCGCUGCAGUCCUCUUGCAGUCUAAGAUGGACGCUCUCUCGCAACGCUUCUCAGAUGCCUGCGACAAGCACAAGCAGAAAGUGUCGCAUCUGGACCAGUUGAAAGACAAAGUGGAGGAAUUCGAGAGCGUUGCAGAUAAAGUCCAACAGUUUGUCGUGAAACGUACCCAAGAUCUGCAUGAGACGGACGGGCCAGGGAAGACCUUCGAAGAACUCUCCGAACUAACACAGAAAACAAAAGCUGAGAUGGCUGAACAUUCCAGUGAUUUGGAGAAGUUGCAGACUAUAGCCAAGGAGCUGUGUGAAAUAAGCACAGACGGUAACAGAGCGCAGAUCCAGAGCAAGCUGGACGAUCUGUCAAACAUCUUCAGCACCUUCAAAGACACCGUCAAAGAAAAGGAGGGGGAGGUAUUGUCCUGUAAAGACCUUCUGGGCGAGUUCAGGACGGCAGCCAGUGCUCUCAGCAAGUGGCUGGAGGAGACUAACGAGAAGGUGCCUGUGGCCCAGACAAGUUGCAGUGCUAAAAGUCUGGAGAAGGAUCUCCAGAUAGUCACUGGAUUACUGGAAGAAUGGACGUCUAAAGGUCCUGCUGUGCAGGACUUGAACAACAGGGGAUCAUCACUAUGCAGCCACAUCGCUAUCCUCACAUCCCCUGCCAAAGCAAAGAUACCUAAUAAGUCAGUAGCCCUUACUAAUGGUGGUGGUCCAGCGAGCCAUUCGUACUUAACCAAUAAAGAGUUGAUGACAAUUCAGCAAAACAUGUCCUACGUCAACGAGGGCUACUCCAGUCUGGGUGACGCUCUGAAGAGUCAAGCGGCCGAGCUGAGUGGAGCUUUGCGCGAGCUGAAGGACGCCAAAAAGGAGACGGACAACAUGAUGACGUGGCUGGAGGACAUGAAGAAGACCACAGCAUCUUGGAAAAAUGGAGCCACGGAGAAAGACGCUGUUAAAACUCAGCUUGAACAGCAGAAGGUGUUUGAAGACGACAUGAAGCAGAAAAAAGAUCAGCUUCACAAGCUGAGAGAGAAACUCCUCCACUUGAUUGAAACUCAACCAAACUCCCAAGAGGCAGCCAAAUGGAAGCAGAUGUUAGCAGACAUAGAUGCUGCUUGGGAAGACAUCAGCGGCUCAGUGGUGGAGAGGAAGCAGCACCUGGAGCAGUCCAACAAGAAUCUGGACAUCCUCCAAACCACUCAGCUGCAGCUUGUCCAGUGGCUGUCGGAGAAGGAGCUGAUGAUGAGUGUCCUUGGGCCCCUCUCCAUUGACCUUAACAUGCUUAAAAUGCAGAAGCAACAAGUCCAGAUCCUCCAGAAUGAGUUCAAAAGCCGAAAGCCUCAGUACGAUCAACUCAACGAAGCUGCUUCUGCCAUCCUAAACUCGUCGGGUAACCAUGACCCCUCGAACAGUAAGCAGGUGAAGGAGCAGCUCACUGCCGUCACUGAGAAGUGGCAAGGUCUUAUGGGACUGCUGGACCGGCGCGAUGACCUCAUCGACCAGGCUGUGGAGAAGACGGGAGAGUUCCAAGACCUGCUUAGCACUCUCAGCCAGACCGUUACUCAGCUUGAAGGUCAGCUUGGCAACCAUCAGGCCUGCAGCACCCAGCCCGAUGCGAUGAAGAAGCGUCUGGAAGACGUCCAUAAUAUCUCGGUUCAGCUGAGAGAGGAGAGGAAGAAGCUGAAGCAGGCUGAGUGCAUUCAUGCAGAGCUCACAGCGAUGGUGACUGAGGACUACCUCAAGGCGGACUUAGCCAGGCAGUUGGAGAGUGUCAGCAAACCUUUUAGACAGCUGGAAGAGAAAACAGCCAAACAAAUUGAGCAGCUGAACUCGACCUUCGCCAGCUCCCAGCAAUUCCAUCAAACCUCCAAAGACUUCCAGUCAUGGCUGGCUGAGAAGCUGCGGGACCAGUCGAAGCCUCUGCCCAUCUCUGCCAAAGCUGACGUCCUUCAAAAAACGCUGGAUGCGCACAGUAAACUGCAGGCAGCUCUCAGUGAACAGGAGGCCACGUACAACACAAUAGCAGGGGAAGGGGAGAUGCUUCUGCAGAGUACUGACGGUGCAGAGAAGUUGGCACUGCAGGGGCAACUGUCACUUCUGUCUUCUAACUGGCAGGAAGUAAAGAAGAGCUCAGGGGAGCAGGUUGAAAAACUUAAAGCCACUCUUCAGAGGGCACAGAAGUUUGAAGAACACAUAGAGAAGCUGAGGCCUUGGGUGUUGGAGUGUGAGGCCAUUGAAGGUCGGAUCAAACUUGCUGUGGAGCCUUCUGCCGUGGAUAACGCUAUCACGCAAGUGAAAGUUCUCCAGAAGGAUGUGGACAAGCACAGGGGGAUGUUGGAGCAGCUCAACACCGCCGCAGAAAGCCUUCUUGAGGUGGCAAAUACCGACACUGAAGAAAUCAAAGACGAGGCGACAAACAUCUCUGAAAGGGUGGACAGCGUAUUGGAAGGUCUUCAGAGCAAAAAGGAAUCAUUGGAGAAGAUUUCUCAUGCAGUUAAAGAAUUUAAUGAAGGCUCCAAAGAGGCCAAAGCACAUCUUGAAGGAGCUAAGAAGCUUCUGGUUGCUUAUGAAUCACAAGGAGUGCAGGGACAAAGCAAUAAGAACUUAACUAACAUGAAAGCCCAACAGAAGAGUCUAGGAGGAGUGCAAAAUCAAGUAGAACACCUGAAAAGCUUGGCAACGUCUCUUGUAGUUGACGUUCCAAACGCGGACGGAGUGACAGACCUCUUACUUCAAGCAGACAGCAUAGAACAAGAAUACAGCACCCUAAAUAUGAAGCUGGAGGAGACUUGCCAGGUCCUGGAAGGUAAAUUGCAAGGAAUCGGGCAGUUCCAAAACAACAUCCGUGAGAUGUUCACCCGCUUCACAGACCUGGAUGAUGAGUUGGACAGCAUGGCUCCAGUGGACUUGGACUUGCUGGUUCUGAAAGAGCAGCAAGACAGCAUUGAGAGCUUCGUCAUCAAGUUGCAAGAGCUGAUGGUCAACACGGCCAACGCAGGGGACGGCUGUAAGAGGAUGCUUGAGACUGACUCUUCACCUGACCUGUUGGGCCUGAAGAGAGACCUAGAUGCUCUGAGUAAGCAGUGUGGCAAGCUCAUGGACCGAGCCAAAGGCAGGGAGCGGCAGGUGCAGAGUACUCUCGUCAAGCUAGAGGAGCUCUGCGGAAAACUCCAGCUGGUGGAUGAUCAACUUUGCAGCGCUGUGAACAAGGAGGCAUCUCAGGGGGCGGUCGGCAUGGAGACAAACAUCAUCAAUCAACAGCUGGAGGCCUUUAAGGCUUUCCAGAAAGAAGAAAUUGAUCCUUUGCAGACACAACUCCAAGACAUCAAUUCCCUCAGUCAUGGGCUGAUCCAGAACGCCGCCAGAGGAACCAACACAAAGAAGCUUGAGGAUGACCUGGAGAAGGUUAACACAAAGUGGAACACGCUCAAUAAAAAGAUUGCUGAGCGCUCAGCCCAGCUGCAUGAAGCCCUGUUGCACUGCGGAAGGUUCCAUGAUGCUUUGGAGUCUCUGCUCGGCUGGUUGACUGACACAGAAGAACUCAUGGCCAAUCAGAAGCCGCCCUCGGCAGAGUUUAAAGUAGUCAAGGCACAGAUACAAGAGCAGAAACUUUUACAGAGACUACUGGAUGACCGAAAGCCCACAGUGGAGCUGAUAAAAAAAGAGGGAGGGAAGGUUGCGGAACUGGCCGAAUCUGUGGACAAGGAAAAGGUUGCAAAAGAGAUCGAAUCAUUGGGGCAGAGGUGGGACACGCUGCUCAAGAAGGCUGAAAACAGGAAUAAGCAACUGCAAAGCAUUUUGGUGGUCACUCAGCAGUUCCACGAGACCUUGGAGCCCCUGAGCGACUGGCUUGCCGCCACAGAGAAACGCCUUUCCAACUCUGAACCAAUCGGCACCGAAACGUCAAAGCUGGAAGAUCAGAUCUCUCAUCAUAAGGCCUUAGAGGAGGCAAUUAUGAGUCGAAGUAAAGACCUGUUUCAGGCCGUUAGUCUGGGUCAAACGCUCAAAGCUGUGAGCUCAGCAGACGACAAGGACUUUGUUCAGUCCAAGCUGGACGCCACGCAGGCCGCUUACAUCGAACUGCAGGAACGCUGCAGGAGGAAAGCCGAGAUGCUGCAGCAGGCCCUGGCCAACGCUCAGCUCUUUGGGGAGGACGAGGUGGCGCUCAUGAACUGGCUCAGCGAGGCGCAUGCACGGCUGAGCGAGGUAUCCGUGGAGGACUACCUCAUAGACACCCUUGAAAGGCAGAUGGCAGAACAACGGGCUUUACAAAGUGAUAUUGAAUUGAGGAAAAAGAAUGUAGACCAAGCUCUGUUCAAUGGGAUGGAGCUUUUGAAGCAAACAACAGGUGAUGAGGUGGUUGUUAUCCAAGGCAAACUGGAUGGAAUAAAAACAAAGUAUGCUGAGAUCACUUCCAUGAGCGGCAAUGUUAUGAACACACUGGAGCGUGUUUUGAGUCUCUCCAGCAAGCUGCUGCAUACCCAUGAGGAACUGAGUUCCUGGAUGGUGAAGGCCGAGGCUCAGGUUACUUCCUAUAUGGAUCGAGAACCAGUCGGCGAGCAGCUCACUCAGGCCCAAAACAUGCAAAAGGCCUUGCUGAAGGAGACCAAAGACCAAAAAGGUGUAGUCGACAAGUUGAAUGAGUUGAGCGGUUCCCUCCUGGAUCUCAUCCCCUGGCACACCCGAGAAGGUCUUGACAAGCUGGUGACAGAAGACAAUGAGCGUUACCGAGCCAUCUGUGACAGCAUUACUCAGCAGGUCGACCGGAUUAACGCCGACAUACUCAAAUCGCAGCAGUUUGAGCAAGCAGCAGACUCGGAACUGGCCUGGCUGGCGGAUGCUGAGAAGAAGUUGUUGUCCAUGGGGGAGAUUAAACUGGGACAAGAUCAAACCACAGCCCAGCUCCAAGCACAGAAGAUCUUCUCUAUGGACAUCAUGAGGCACAAAGAUGCUGUGGAUGAGAUUGUAAAAACAGGAACGGCCAUGAUGAGCAGCAAAAAGUCAGAGGAAAAAGAGCUCUUAAAGACCAAGACCAAGACUCUCGUGGAGAAGUACGGUGCUGUAAGUCAGCUGAACUCAGAGCGCUCUCUGCAGCUAGAGCGAGCUCAGAAUCUAGCAAGCCAGUUCUGGGAAACCUACGAAGAGUUGUCACCAUGGCUUCAGGAGACCCUGACCACCUUCAACCAGCUUCCCCCGCCCGCCAUCGAGUACGAUACCUUGAGACAACAGCAAGAGGAGCUCAGGCAAAUGCGAGAGCUAAUUGCCGAGCACAAGCCACACAUCGACAAGAUGAAUAAGACCGGACCUCAGUUACUGGAACUGAGCCCAGAAGAAGGGAUACCCAUUAGAGAGAAGUACACCACGGCUGAGCAGCUAUACACACAACUGAAGGCCGAUGUCAAACAGAGAGCUGCUAUUUUGGACGAGGCCAUCUCUAAAUCCACUCAGUUCCAUGAUAAAAUCGACCCCAUGCUAGAAACUCUGGAGCGGAUUGCAGAGCGCCUGCGACAGCCUCCCUCCAUCUCGGUGGAGGUGGAAAAAAUCAAGGAGCAGAUAACGGAGAAUAAAUGUGUCAGCAUGGACCUGGAGAAACUGCAGCCUUCCUUUGAGACCCUGAAACAACGAGGCCAAGAGAUGAUUGCACGGUCAGAAGGUGCAGACCGGGACUUAUCUGCCAAAGCUGUACAAGACAAAUUGGACCAGAUGGUCUUCCUGUGGACCGACAUCCAAGCCUUGUUGGAGGAGCGGGAGGCCAAGCUCUUGGACGUGAUGGACCUUGCUGAAAGGUUCUGGUUUGAUCACUGCGCUUUGAUCGUCACCAUCAAGGACAGCCAGGACCUGCUGAGAGAACUGGAGGAGCCUGGAGUAGAUCCCUCGGUUGUCAAGCAGCAGCAGGAGUUUGCGGAGGGAUUUAAGGAGGAGAUUGAGGGGCUUCAAGAGGAACUAGAUUCAGUUCGAAACCAGGGAGGUGAGCUCAUGACUGCCUGUGGAGAGCCUGACAAACCUGUUAUAAGGAAAAGUAUUGAUGAGGUGAACUCAGCAUGGGAAAAUCUCGAUAAGACAUGGAAAGAGCGAGUUGAGAGGCUGGAGGAGGCCAUGCAGGAUGCGGUGCAAUUCCAGGAUGGCCUGCAGGGCAUGUUUGACUGGGUGGAUAUCCUGGACAGCAAACUGGACUCCAUGUCACCUGUGGGCACAGACCUGGAAACUGUCAAGCAGCAGAUUGUCGAGCUCAAGGAGUUCAAAGUGGAGGCGUACCAUCUUCAGAUUGAGAUGGAGCGUCUGAACCACCAGGCGGGCCUCCUACUGAAGAAGGUGACGGAGGAGGCAGAUCGCUGCACCAUCCAGGAGCCAAUGACAGAGCUCAAGAUGCUCUGGAGUAACCUGGAUGAGAAGAUUAUCAGCCGACAGCAUAAACUGGAGGGAGGCCUUCUUGCCCUGGGCCAGUUCCAGCAUGCACUGGACGAGCUGCUGGCCUGGAUGAGCCACACUGAGGAUAUGCUUAAUGAGCAGAGAAAGACUGGUGGAGACCCCAAAGCCAUUGAGAUCGAACUGGCCAAGCAUCAUGUCCUCCAAAUUGAUGUAUUGGCUCACAAAUCGACAGUCGAGACGGUGAACAAAGCAGGCAAUGAGCUGGUGCAAUCAAGCGCAGGAGAGGAAGCCUCUUGUCUCAGUAGCAAACUGGAAAACCUCAACCAGCGCUGGAAAGCCAUCCUGGAAAAGACGGAACAGAUGAAGCACCAGUUGGAAAGUGCUCUUGUGCAGGCCCAGGGUUUCCAUGGUGAGGUGGACGAUUUGCUGCAAUGGCUGAAAGACACAGAACGUCAGCUGUUGGCAUCAAAGGCUGUAGGAGGCUUACCAGACACGGCCCGCGAGCAGCUUAACGCCCAUCUGGAGUUGUGUUCUGCCUUCGAGGUAAAGGAGGAGCUGUACCAGGAGCUGUUGGCCAAAGGUCAACAGCUGCUCACCCUGACCCCUGAGGGUCCUGACAGCAAUGCAGAGCAGGACCUCGCCAACCUGAAGGACAAGUGGGAAGCAGCAGAGGCCAAAGUUGCUGAAAGGAAGGUGAAACUGGAGGAGGCCUUGACGAUAGCAACCGAUUUCCACAACUCUCUGCAGGAUUUCAUCAACUGGCUGACCCAGGCAGAGCAGACGCUCAACAUGGUGACGCCCGCCUCGCUCAUUCUGGAAACUAUCCUGUUUCAAAUUGAUGAACAUAAGAUGUUUGUGACUGAGGUCAACUCCCACAGGGAUCACAUCAUCGAGCUGGACAAGUCAGGCACUCAUUUGAAGUACUUCAGCCAGAAACAGGAUGUGGUUCUGAUUAAGAACCUGCUGCUCAGCGUGCAAGGCCGCUGGGAGAAGCUGGUGCAGCGCUCUGUGGAGCGAGGGCGUGUGCUCGACGACGCCAGGAAGAGAGCCAAACAGUUCCAUGACAACUGGAAUAAACUAGUGGAAUGGUUGGACGAAUCUGAGAAGACGCUGGACUCUGAGGUGGAAAUCGCCAACGAACCAGACAAAAUCAAGAAACAGCUGUCGCAACACAAGGAGUUCCAGAAGGCUUUGGGCAGUAAGCACUCAGUGUAUGACACAACCACACGAACCGGUCGAGCACUCAAGGACAAAACCUCGCUUCAGGAUGAUAAUCAGAAACUGGACGACAUGCUGAGCGAGCUGAGAGACAAAUGGGACACUGUUUGUGGCAAGUCCAUAGAGAGGCAAAAUAAGCUGGAAGAGGCGCUACUGUUCUCCGGCCAGUUCACAGAUGCCCUGCAGGCUCUCAUUGACUGGCUGUACAGAGUGGAGCCUCAGCUGGCUGAGGACCAGCCGGUUCACGGUGACAUCGACCUGAUUCUGAACCUGAUAGACACCCACAAGGGUUUCCAGAAGGAGCUGGGAAAGAGGACCGUGAGCGUCCAGGCCCUCAAACGCUCGGCACGGGAUCUGAUCGACAGCAGUCACGAUGAUUCCUCCUGGAUCAAAGCCCAGAUGCAGGAGCUGAGCACCCGCUGGGAGACGGUGUGCAACCUCUCGGUGUCCAAGCAGGCACGUCUGGAGCAGGCCCUGUGCCAGGCUGAGGAGUUUCACUCUACGGUUCACAUCCUGCUGGAGUGGUUGGCUGAAGCUGAGCAGAGUUUGCGUUUCCAUGGCAGCCUGCCCGAUGACGAGGAUGCGCUGCGUGCAUUGAUUGACCAGCACAAGGAGUUCAUGAAGAAUCUGGAGGACAAGCGAGCGGCUCUGAAUAAAGCCACCGGUAUGGGCGAGGCUAUUCUGAACAUCUGCCAUCCUGACUCCAUCACAACCAUCAAACACUGGAACACAAUCAUUAAAGCCCGGUUUGAAGAGGUGCAAGCCUGGGCCAGGCAGCACCAGCAGCGACUGGCUGCAGCUUUGAGUGAGUUGUUAGCCACUCAGGACCUGCUGGAGAAUCUGCUGACUUGGCUGCAGUGGGCUGAGUCCAACCUGAGUGACAAAGACAAGGAAAUCCUGCCACAGGAGAUCCAGGAAAUCAAAAGCCUUAUAGCAGAACACCAAGCCUUCAUGGAGGAAAUGACCAGGAAGCAACCAGAUGUAGACAAGAUCACAAAAACACACAAGAGGAAGGCUGCUGUGGAACCUCAAAUCCACUCUCAGAUCCCCGUGCUGGACAAAGGAAGAUCUGGAAGAAAACGCUCUCCAACACAAACCAUGUAUGCGUCAGCGACACAAGCUCCAGUCGAAACCAAAAACCCGCGGGUGAACCUGCUGGUCAGUAAGUGGCAGCACGUGUGGCUGCUGGCUCUGGACAGGAGGAGGAAACUCAACGAUGCUUUGGACAGAUUGGAGGAGCUGAAAGAGUUUGCCAACUUUGACUUCGACGUGUGGCGGAAGCGCUACAUGCGCUGGAUGAACCACAAAAAAUCUCGCGUCAUGGACUUCUUCCGGCGCAUCGACAAAGAUCAGGACGGCAAAGUGACGAGACAGGAAUUCAUCGAGGGCAUCCUCUCCUCCAAGUUCCCAACCAGUCGAUUGGAGAUGAGCGCUGUGGCGGACAUUUUUGACCGGGACGGUGACGGCUAUAUCGACUACUACGAGUUUGUGGCAGCUCUUCAUCCCAACAAGGAGGCCUACAAACCUCUGACUGAUGCAGACAAGAUUGAAGAUGAGGUUACACGCCAAGUGGCCAAAUGCAAAUGCCCCAAACGUUUCCAAGUGGAGCAAAUUGGUGCCAACAAGUACAGGUUUUACCUUGGAAACCAGUUCGGAGACUCUCAGCAGCUUCGCCUGGUGCGCAUCCUACGCAGCACUGUGAUGGUGCGAGUGGGCGGCGGCUGGAUGGCGUUGGAUGAGUUCCUGGUGAAGAAUGACCCUUGUCGAGCUAAAGGCAGGACCAACAUGGAGCUGCGAGAGAAGUUCAUGGUCCCUGAAGGCACCACGCAAGUGAUGGCCAGUUUCCGCUACAGAGGCCGUCGCUCUCGACCGUCGUCCAGGGCGGCGUCGCCUAACAGAUCCAUGUCCAGUCAAAGCUGCGCCAUCCCCGCCAACCCGGCAGCCGGCUGCACUCCCAAGACGUGUCAACACAUAAGCCGCAAUUAUGAUAAGCCAUGGCUCACAAACAGCAAACCCUCCACUCCAAUUAAAUCAUCCGACUCCUUCGAGAGCCAUGGUUCGUCCUCAGAGGCGACGCCGGUCCAAGGCAGCAAGCUGCGUCUUCCUGGCUACUUGUCGGGAAAAGGCUUCCAGUCGAGCGAGGAGGGAACGUUAAUCAACGCCGCCGUGCUCAAAGCACGAGCACAGAUGCUCGGUGAAUCGAGGAGAAGCUCCAGCAGACCAGGAAGUAAAGCAGGAAGCCGAGGGAGCAGCCGCAGAGGCAGCGACGCCUCCGACUUCGACAUCUCCGACAUCCAGUCGGUGUGCUCGGACGCCUCGGAGACCGUCGGCGACGGCACGCGGACCACGCCGCGCUCCGGGUCACGCCAACGCGGCGCCAAGCCGUCCAAGAUCCCCACGCCUCAGAGGAGAAGCACCCCCACGAGCAAACUGGCCAAAGCAGCCAAGCGAUAGUCGGCAGGAAGGAAGGCGCCACAAACACUGGAGCUGCAGACGUGUUAUUUAAAUUGUUGUAGACUUGUAAAAUAUUCCAGUAUGAUUUCAUGACGUGCGUGGAUGGAAUGUAUUUGUUUUAAUGUAUUUUUUGUGAAAAUGGUAUUUUUUAUUUUAUCAAGCCUGAUGGACUCCUUGAAACGCUCAAGGAAUGUGUGGAAAAGUUACUGAAUGUAAUUUUGUGUCAUUUUGUUGCGCUGAACUUUGGUGUCGCAUCACGCCACUGUGUGUGUGUGUGUGUGUGUGUGUGUGCGUGUGUGUGUGUGUGUGUGUGUGUGUGUGUGUGUGUGUGUGUGUGGGACGCUGCAAAUAUUUAUUUCUAAGUGCUAAUGAUAUACUUUAAAGGGCAAUGCAAUAUUAGUAGGGUAAGCACUGCAGAUACCUUUAAUAACAACAACAUUAUUACUUCCAUGUAGCAACAAACUUUGCAGUCACAAAGUCCCGUUUGCAGACCACUGACUUACUUCCCAGCAGCGUGUGAGUCAAGAACCUUCUUGUCGACGCUCUCGUAGGCACUUCGCUUCAUUUCAGCUGUUACUCCCAACAUUACUUUGUAAUAAACCUGCUUGCACAAAGCUACCACAAACUGA